AUGGAUAAAGACUGGGCUAUUUUCCAAGGCUCUUUCCUCUUGGCUGACAAAUUGUCCCUGCCUGCCUCCCUGAGCUCCCUUCAGAAAUGUGACUGGCACAAGGUGUGCAAGCCAGUCCUGGACACCAUGAGGGAAAUCUGUGGCGUGCAGGAUAUCCACAGUCAUCAUGGAGGCAAAGCCGCCACUUGGAGGAAACAGUUAGUUUGUGUGGUGUGGUUAAAGUUAUUGAGCAGGGAGAAUGGGGAAGAUCUUGAGGCGGCAUGGAAGGAAAACACUUUCUUUCCUCUGGAGAAGCCCCUCCCAGAAGUCAGCCAUACAGUGCUGAUGGAGCUGAUCAAAUCUUUGUCUGCUGCCGACAUAUUUGCUCAUUUUCUGCUGUGUCUUCCUCGACAUCAGAUGUGUUCUGAGUUGGAACGGGUGCGGGAACAUGUGAAAAGCAGCCCUGUGGGUGAGGAUGAUGUCCAAUUCUUUCUUGAGUUGUGGUGGCAACUUUGGAAAGGCAGUGUUGAGAAGGAUAACGUCGAAGUAUUGUUUGCUGAGCGUGUCGCUCAUCUGACUUCUCAGCCUGCCAGUUUGACUCAUCCGGCUGCCAAGAGGCCCAAACUCGACUUAUCAGCAUUACCGCACAACACGGAUGUUUUGGACAUUCUCCUUCACACGCUCACAGAUCUGAACGAUUUUAUAUUAAAACCAGAGCAUGGCAUACGCGCGCUCUCCAAUUGCCUGGAUGCACUUUACACAACAUUCCUCACAGAUCCGUCAGUCUUCAUUCCAAUUAAGGACAAGAUAGUGUUCCUGUCCAAAGCCAUGAGCGUCAGAGAAAACACUAACAAAAUGGGUUCAGCCCUUAUAGAGGAGGCUCAACGAGAUCUCCGCGCCUCUUACACCCAAUCCCAGUUUCAGCCUGGUAGAUUGAGCUUCUCUGAAGCCUUGAAAAGUGUGACUGCGCUCACCCAGUUCUGGCAUGACCAACGUUUGCUGGAAGCUUGUAGCAGCUCUCCAUCUACUUACACAGCUUUCAGACUACAGCAAAGUAUCCACAGAAUAUCGAGGCUUCUAGAAGAAGCUGACAUGACGGGAGAAGGGGAAGAUGAGAAGAAUCAACUCCGAAGUUUAUUGGCGUCAAUGACCUUCCCCGUUUUUGAGAGCUCUACAGAGAUGAGCAUGAGGGUUGCCAUGACCAUCAUUAGUCACCAGCUGGAGGACUACCAGGGCGUCACUGUGUUGUUUGCUAGUGAGGAGAGCUGGUUGGCUCAUGAGGAACAGUGGCUGGAUUGCCUUGAAAAGAACCAAACAGCCUUCCAGCAGUGUGACACACUUGUCCAACUGGCCUCCACCCUCAUUAAUCGACUCCAGAGCGAAAGGUUCAAAGUCUGCCAAUGCAAAAGGCUGCUCAAAGUUGUCACGGCCGUGUUUACGUCACUCUGUUUAGAAGAAAAGAAUACAGUUUUGGCUGCCAUACUGCAAUUAUCAAGCAAGGGCUUCUUUGGAUGCGCGGGAUCCUCCGAUUUGAUCGCCAGCUUUGAACAGGAGCUGAACAUGGCCUUCAACUGCAUCAUCCAGGGAGGAGGCGGCGCUCCAAAAGCAGAGGGCAACCUCAGCACAGCAGUGUCUUUAGUUGCCAGAGUGGCGUUUCAGAAUCCGGAGGCUACCUUAAGAUCUUGCUGCCAUUCGGCAAUCUUUAAUAAAGGGGCAUUCACUCUCAUGAGUAAAAUCCUGCAGCAGUUGCCCGGCCUCAGCGUUGUGACUGGACAGACAGAAAAAGGCCACGAGAGGAGAAAGCCCAAACGUCUACUCUGCAGGAUUCUACAGGAAGUAGUGAGCGCCAGAUCACUCUCAGACAAUGAAAAAGACCAACUACUUAAGUUUGUGGCUCUGUUGAUGGUACCAGUUUCAAUGAGUGAACGUGAAUACCACAGCCUUCUGUCGCCUCAGGAGCUUGUCAACACCUUUGUCCUGUCUAACCUUUGUCUCGCUGGCGACAACGCUGAUCUUGAUUUAGGCCUACAACUUCUCAAAGCUGCCUUGUCUGUGGACGUCCAGGAAGUAGCCUCGUCCUCAUCGCACUGGGUGAUGGACUGCUCACCUUUUCCCCUACUCUACAUCCUGGCUCAGCUGCUCGACCAGGCACUAAGGUGUUGGGAGCAACCACCUGAGGUCGCCGUCCACCGGUGGUCCAUGGACACCAAAGAGCUCCUGGCCUCCACGCUGAGCACAGUGGCACAAGUCGUGGGCGUCCAGGUGGAAAACGCUCCGAGUCGGUGGUCCAGAGCUCUGUUCUGGCUCCACGAUAAAAUGAAGGGACUAGACUGGACGGUUUAUUUCUACCUAAAACCUGUGUGGGGCCAACACUUCAAAAAUGAAGUUCCCUCAUCUCUGCUGGCAGUGUGUGAUCUUCCUGAGCAGGAGUGGUCGGGUGUUAACCUGCCACAAUACGGACAAGGCACAGGUCUUUUGGCGUGGAUGGAGUGCUGCGCCUUGUCAGACUCCCUUCGGUCUACCAUGUUGUCUUGUCUGGCUCUGGACCAGAGCAAGUGGGAACACUUGGGCAUGUUCAGCAAGGGUCUACUGGUGGCGUUAACCCAGGUGCUGCCCUGGUGUUCCAUCCCCCAGUGCAGCAGAUUAAUAGGAGCCUUGAAGGAGCUGAUCACCUCAGGUCGCCUCCAUGUGCCUUUCUCACUGGAGUAUGUGGAAUUCCUGCCUCUACUCGAUCUGAGGAGGUUCUCCUAUGAACUCUGCCUCUCGGUCCUCAUGCUGCGAGUCCUGCAGCUGCUCUGUGGUUCCAGCUGCUCUCAUUGGCUGACGGGAGACGCCUGGGCUCACGUUGCCAGAUUAUACGCUCACAUAGUGAGGGAGCUGAUGAACUCUCUUAGAGCCAAAUUAGCCCUGCCCACAUCCGGCACGCUGACAGGCUCGCCGAAAGAACAGAGCAGUUUGAAAGACGAAGCGCAUAUUGUUGAACAGGUUCCAAGUCAGGAGGUCCUUUUCGUUCUCGGGCAGGUCUUCUGUCAUGUCCAACACAUUCAGGUGAUGAUGCCAGGAGGACAGAGUGAACCUCUCUUCCUGUCCAGCCUGGAAAUCCUCAGUCACUACCAGGCCAUUAUGGGCACUUUCCCGAAAAGCAGUAGCUCACUGGAGAAUGAAAACACCAAAUACUUCUUUUACACCAUCACAGAGAACCUGGAGAACCAGGAAAUGAAGUCUGUUCUACAACAGAAGAUCGCUCAACUUGGAUGA